CCCAAGGUCUGUCAGAUCCUAAGACCUAAGUUGUCACAGGGGCCCAGCCCUGGGCAUGUGACUGGGCAUUGUGGUUCCAGUUCAACCAUCCCAGCCCUGCAGUCGUGCUGCAGAAACCCAAGCCGUGGGACAGAAGGCAGCUUGUGACAACGAGUUUGUAUCAGGGGCCACAAGAAGCCACGCAGCUGCUCGGUGCCUCUGGCCAACGCUUUCCUCUGAAGAAGCCCUGCUUGAGCCGAAUACAGAGGGAGCCAGGAGGGACGUGAUGCUGCCUGUGACCCGUGUGCUGGCCUUGGGCGCUUGGCUGGUGUCACAGGGUGAGGCUACACCGAGUGCCCCCACAAUCUCCAUCUUCCUGAAGCCACCUGGGGUGAUCCCACCUGGAGGCUCCACCACCAUCUGCUGCAUUUGCCAGUGCACCUAUGGGACCUUUGUGCUGUACAAGGGCAGCCGCCAGCUCCACACCCUGCAGCAGAGUGGCAGCAGGGCUGAGUUCUCCAUCUCUAAUGCCACCUACAAGGACAGAGGUAGCUACAACUGCCAUUACCUGGAGGGAGACACUGUGCUGGCUCGAAGUACUGAACUGGAAGUCCUUGUGGAAGAACUCCGUCUGCCCAGACCCGACCUCUCUGUCCUUCCUGGGCACGAGGUGACUGUGGGAGCUGACGUGAUGUUCCGCUGCACCCCCACACACCCCAUCACCGGCUGUUUCCUGUACCUGGAGGGCCAGAUCCGAGCCCAGCUGCUCCCCAGGGAACGGGGUGACUACAACCUCUCCCUGGUGCAGAAAGGUGACAGCGGCCGCUACAGCUGCCAGUGCUACACCUUCAACGCUUCGAGAGAAUGGUCUGCUGUCAGCAACACCCUGGACUUUGUGGUGAGAGGUACCCCCUUGCCCUGAGCGUCCCCUUGGAUCCCCUGUUGCCCCUAUGGGAGGACUGGGAUCUCCCGGCGGGUUCCUCCCCAGUGACGGUCCCUUCCGUCCCUGCAGAUUACACGCUGUGCAACACCGUGCGCCUGGCGCUGGCGGCCGGGCUGCUGCUCCUGCUGGGGCUCAUCGCGGCUGAGGCGGCGCGGAGCCGCUGCUGCGGGGGCUGCGGGAGCCGCCCGCUCC